UUUUCUUUCCCACCAGAUCUCGAGCCUAUCAUCCUCUGUUCUUCCUCCCUCUGCGCACCGCUUUCUCUCUCUCUCAAAAACUCCAUUAAUCAUCCUCUCUCGAUUAAUCCCCCUUCUUCAAUUUCUUCUCAGACCAAUCGUGCUCUCGCUUCCGUCGUGUGGUUCUCUUCCUAAACACGAACUAUCUUUGUGUGUCAAUCAAAAUUACGAUGACGGGUACUGAAAAGGAUGUAGAGAAUAAAGACUAUCGUCUGCCUCGUGAAGUAAAGGAAGCUCUACAAGCAAUAGCAUCAGAGUGGGAAGAUGUAAUUGAUUCGAAGGCUCUGCUUGUUAUCCCUUUGAAAGGUGCUAUGACCAAUGAGGUCUUUCAGAUCAAAUGGCCAACUAGGGAAAAUGGACCUUCGCGUAAGGUUCUGGUUAGGAUUUAUGGUGAAGGUGUUGAUAUUUUCUUUGACCGUGAGGAUGAGAUCAGUACUUUUGAGUUCAUGUCAAAGCAUGGUCAUGGACCAUUGUUGUUAGGCCGGUUUGGCAAUGGUCGUAUCGAAGAGUUCCUCCAUGCACGGACACUAUCUGCUUCUGACUUGCGUGAUCCUGAAAUAUCUGGUCGCAUAGCAACUAGGAUGAAGGAGUUUCACGGUCUUGAAAUGCCUGGUGUGAAAAGGGCUUUACUUUGGGACAGAUUACGGAAUUGGCUCAGUGCAUGCAAGAAGCUGGCUUCACCAGAAGAAGCUAAGUCCUUUCGUCUAGAUGUUAUGGAGUUGGAAAUUAUUUUGCUUGAGAAGUCUCUGUUUAAGAAUGAUGAAAAUAUUGGAUUCUGCCACAAUGAUUUACAAUAUGGAAACAUAAUGAUGGAUGAAGAAACCAAAGCAAUAACCAUCAUUGAUUAUGAAUAUUCAUGUUACAAUCCUGUGGCUUACGACAUUGCCAAUCACUUCUGCGAGAUGGCUGCCGAUUACCACACUGAAACACCUCACAUCAUGGAUUACAGUAAAUACCCUGGUGUGGAAGAGCGUCAACUAUUUCUGAAAGCGUAUAUGAGUUCUUCAGGUGAAGAAGAGCCCAAUGAUACAAUGGUGGAAAAACUCCUUGAAGAUGUUGAGAAAUAUACACUUGCCAGUCAUCUAACUUGGGGUUUAUGGGGAAUUAUAUCGGAACAUGUGAAUGAAAUCGACUUCGACUACAUGGAAUACGCAAGACAAAGGUUUGAGCAGUAUUGGUUAACAAAGCCGAAGCUCCUUGCUUAAUUUAACUGGACCCAACCCAAGAAAUUUUUUUUUUUUGGUUGACGGUGGUUAAGAGGUAUACAUAUACGCAAAAGUUACUGAAUAUAAAAAUGUAACAUUUAGUGUUUUAAUUUAACGGUGAGUGGUUUAUAGUUUACAACUAAAUUUGUUUUAGAUUUUUUUCCAUCAA